AGGGUACAACAUUAGGACUAGGACUCUACAUACAAGUCAUAUUCCGCCAUAACUUGGUCCCUUUGUCCUCCAUUACCAUCACCGUCAAUUGCAUAAUCAGCGGAUGUUAAUUCUCGAUUCUAGUUUUCUCCCAACAAAUCUUCGUCUUUAGCUGGAAAGAUUAAACUGUACUCUUCUUUUUCGUGCUCAUUUAUAUUCUCUUUACCACACCAAAAACCUUCAAUUCAUCCAAACACGCCACAAGAAACUGUACUUACCCAGUAACGUUUCUCCCCCUAUUACUUCUUCACACUUCAAGGUGGAAAAUUUUUCUCUAAGAUGUCCAUUGAGCAUUUGAGGGUUUUGACCCUUAAUAUUUUGGUACUGUCUCUGUUCGUUGUAUGUACCAGUGCACAAUCUGCAUCUUCUGAUGCUGCUGCUAUGCAGCAACUCAAACAGAACUUCAAGCUUCCUUCGGGAAUCGAUUGGUCUAACUCGGAUCCAUGUAAUUGGCAUGGUGUAGGCUGUGAAUCUAACUCGAAACGAGUUGUAAGGAUACAGUUGAAAGGUUUAGGCAUAUCGGGCACUUUAUCGCCUUUCAUAGGCAACCUAUCGAGCCUUGAAAUCCUUGAGCUUAUGAACAAUACUUUGUCGGGGCGAUUGCCUACUCUUAAGGGGUUGAGCUCGCUCCAGACGGUGAAUCUUCAUAGCAAUCAAUUUAGCUUUAUCCCUGGCGAUUUCUUUGAUGGGUUAGCGUCUCUCCAAGAAGUUUAUCUAGAUAGUAACCCGUUUGAUGCUUGGUCUAUACCCGAGGGUCUAAAGGAUGCUCUUUCUUUGAAAAACUUUUCUGCUAAUUCGGCUAAUGUUGGUGGUAAUCUACCAGAUAUUUUCAGUCCUGAUAAUUUUGGCAGUAUGAUCCAUUUGCAUUUGUCGUCCAAUAACCUGACGGGUGGUCUGCCCCCAAGCUUUUCGGGUCUUGGGCUUCAGUCCUUGUGGUUAAAUGGGCAACAGGAUUCGAGUGGCAGUCGGAGUUUUAAUGGUACAAUUGAGGUUUUACAAAACAUGACCAGUUUGGUGCAAAUAUGGUUGAAUAUGAAUGCUUUAACUGGCCCUAUCCCAGAUUUGUCAAAAUUGACCAGUUUAGUGGAUCUAAAUUUGAGAGACAAUAGUCUCACUGGCCCGGUCCCUGUUUCUCUGAUGAAGCUGCCUUUGCUUGAGAAAGUUAGUUUGACAAAUAACGCUCUUCAAGGACCGACCCCUAAGUUUCCCGAUUCAGUAGCUGUUGAUAAAAUGUUACCCGAUCAAAACAGCUUUUGUUUGCCAGAUCCUGGUGUAGACUGUGAUAGCCGUGUUAAUACUCUGAUAUCGGUCAUGGAACCAUUUGGGUACCCUUUACAAAUUGCCCAUGAUUGGAAGGGCAAUGAUCCUUGUGCAAAUUGGUUGGGCAUAACUUGUUCGAAUAAAAACAUUACAACGAUUAAUCUGCAAAGUCGGGGUCUAAGUGGUACUCUUUCGCCUAAGUUUGCUGCUCUUACAUCAGUUCAGACAUUAAUACUCGCACAUAAUAAUAUCACGGGUACCAUACCCGUAGAAUUCACUAGAAUGCCUAACCUUAAGGCACUUGACGUUUCGUUCAAUAACCUAUAUGGUAAGGUCCCAAGUUUUUCUUCCCACACUAAAGUAAAUCAUGGAGGGAAUCUCAAUAUUGGAAAAGAUCAUCCGAGCCCAUCUGGAGGUGGCCGUUCUGGCGAACCAGGAACUGGUGGCAAAGGUUCCAAAGUCGGGGUGAUUGUUGGAUCCGUUGUUGGUUGUAUCUUUUUGGUUUCUGUUGCUGGUCUGUUACUAUUUUGUUUCUUGAGAAGGAAAAAGCUUUAUGGUAGAGUAGAACAGUCGAAUACUGUGGUGAUUCAUCCUAGUCAUUCAGGGUCUGAUGACGGUGUCAAAAUAACAGUCACUGGCCCGGGAGUGAAUGACAAGGUGAUGAGUGGAGAGCAAAGUCAAGGCAGCAGUGGGCCCAGCGACGUUCAUGUAAUCGAGGCUAAUAACAUGAUAAUCUCUAUUCAGGUGUUAAGAAAUGUGACGAACAAUUUCAGUGACGAUAAGGUUCUUGGAAGAGGGGGUUUUGGAACCGUCUAUAAAGGGGAGUUACCCGAUGGAACCGAGAUUGCAGUCAAGCGGAUGAACUCCGGAGUCUUGGGCGAUAAAGGGUUGGCAGAAUUUAAGUCCGAGAUUGCUGUUCUUACCAAAGUUCGCCACCGACAUUUGGUUGCACUUCUGGGAUUCUGUUUAGAUGGAAACGAAAAGCUUCUUGUGUAUGAGUAUUUGCCACGAGGUGCUUUGAGUCGGUAUUUAUUCAAUUGGAAGGAGGAAGAUCUGAAACCCCUUAAAUGGAAUCAAAGGUUAACAAUUGCAUUAGAUGUGGCCAGAGGAGUGGAAUACUUACAUGGUUUGGCCCAUCAAAGUUUCAUUCAUAGGGACCUUAAACCUUCUAAUAUUCUUUUGGGAGACGAUAUGCGUGCAAAAGUUGCAGAUUUUGGACUUGUUCGUCUUGCACCUGAUGGUGGAAAAACUUCCAUCGAGACAAGACUAGCAGGGACUUUCGGUUAUUUGGCACCUGAAUACGCAGUGAUGGGCCGCAUAACUACAAAGGUUGACGUAUUCAGUUUUGGCGUGAUAUUAAUGGAGAUGAUCACAGGACGAAAAGCGCUUGAUGAGACCCAACCAGAGGACAGUGUUCACCUCGUGACUUGGUUCCGAAGGGUGUCUAUUAACAAAGACGCUUUCCUAAAGGCAAUUGAUCCCGCCAUUGACCUUGACGAGGAAACUCUUGCUAGUGUCAGCACAGUCGCUGAACUUGCAGGCCACUGUUGUGCUCGGGAACCCAACCAGAGGCCCGACAUGGGUCAUGUUGUGAAUGUCCUAUCUUCUCUCGUUGAUGUAUGGAAGCCGUCAGAAGACAACUCCGAAGAUUUGUUCGGAAUUGAUUUUGAAAUGACCUUACCACAAGCUCUCAAAAAGUGGCAGGCUCUUGGCGAUACCAACAUGGACGCUUCCGCUUCAUCAUCCUUCUUUGCAAGUCGGGACAACACGCAAACGAGCAUACCUACUAGGCCUUCGGGCUUUGCCGAAUCAUUUACCUCAACAGACGGAAGAUAAGGUGGAGAGAACGGGAUUUCUAUUGUGGGUUAUCGAUCCAUGACCAGCAGCUACUUGUUUAUUCAUUCCCGUCAAGCUACUUGUUUCUUUCUAGUGUGCUUCCGCUUCUGCCUGUAAAAAGUAAAUACUCUUUGCCGUUCAUGUGGGUCGUGAGCUCCCCGUAGCACGGUUAGAUUAUUCGAGGAAUGUAAAUACUAAAUUGGAUAUUGACUUUUGUUUGUGCAGUCAAAGUCUUAAAGAUUGCAGUGUUAGAUUAAAUCAUGAAGAGUGCAGGUGAUAGGGAUGGCAUGACAAAAGACAAAGAGACAUGUAUGUUGGAUUAGGACUUAGGAGGAUUAUUUAGUUGUCUAUUUUUGGAGGAUAAAUUAAA